AUGACUAAAGACGAAGAGGAUUUCCCUAUUGCAUUUAGCAUGAUUGUGUACAAACAUAUUGAGCAGGUUGAGAGAUUACUACGCAUGGUAUGGCGACCGAACAACGUAUACUGUAUAUCCAUUGACGCCAAGACAAGAAAAGAGUUCGUGGAGGCGGUUUUAUCUAUAGCCAAGUGUUUUGAUAAUGUUUUUGUUCACCCAGUGCAGGUUGAUGUGCAAUGGGGGACCUUCUCCGUCCUGGAGCCAGAUGUGCACUGCAUGGACCUGCUAUGGAAGCAGAACAGAAAAUGGCGAUACUUCAUUAAUUUGACGGGGCAGGAAUUUCCACUGAAAACCAACUACGAACUUGUUCAGAUUCUGAAAGCGUACAAUGGUGCUAAUGAUAUAAAGGGAACGUUCAGAGAGGCCAAUAUGGAUCGGUGGGCGGGUGCAGGAGUGCCUCCGGCUGGUUUGAAGCCACGGAAAGGCGCUGUCCAUAUCGCCGCAUCCCGUGGCUACGUCGACUACGUCUUACACAACGACACUGCGAUGUUGUUGUUGCAGUGGGUGAAGAAGGUCCGGAUCCCAGACGAGGCUUUCUUCUCAAUGCUCAACUACAAUCCACAUCUGGAAGUACCGGGAUCCUACACAGGUGACGUGGAUGACGACAAGCGUAUGUUCCUAGGACGUUACAAACUGUGGUACCCUCAAGACACCUGUUCUGGCAGGAUUGCCAGGAAUAUUUGCAUAAUGGAGGUUCGGGACCUGCCAAAUCUUGUCAAGGCCCCGGAGCUGUUCGUCAACAAGUUCUUCUACGAUCACCACCCCCUGGCGUACGACUGUCUGGAGAAGUGGUACCACAACAAGGUGGAUCUGGAGAAGAGUGGGAAUCUGGAGUUUGAUGCAACCCUGUAUAGAAACAGAUGUAUUACUCGUGAUCACUUUUAG